AUGUACUUGACAGUCCUAGAGGAUUCUAUGGGUUAUGUGUUGGGACAAUACGACGAAUCAGGCAGAAAGGAACAUGCCAUGUACUACCUUAGUAAGAAGUUCACUGAUUGCAAAUCGAGGUACUCUCUGCUAGAGAAGACUUGUUGCGUCCUCGCCUGGGCUGCCAAACGAUUAAGGCAGUACAUGGUGACACACACCACUCUGUUAAUCUCCAAAAUGGACCAAAUUAAGUACAUCUUUGAGAAGCCUGCUCUGACCGGAAGGGUUUCCCAUUGGAAGAUGGCCUUGACUCAAUAUGACAUUCAACACGUCACCCAAAAAGCCAUCAAGGGAAGUGUUUUGUCUGAUUACUUGGCCCACCAGCCGAUGGAAGACUAUCAGCCAAUGAAAUUCGAUUUCCCCUACGAGGACAUCCUGUUCAUAAGAGAGUGCAAUAUUCCAGGCCCCGAACCAGGAUCGCGAUGGACGCUCGCGUUAGAUGGUGCUUCUAACGCACGAGGCCAUGGAGUAGGUGCCAUCAUUACAUCACCGACAAGAUUUCAUCUUCCAUUUACCGCAAGGUUAUGCUUCGACUGCACCAAUAAUAUGGUGGAGUACGAGGCAUGUAUCUUCGGUAUAGAAGCGGAAAUCGACAUGAAAAUCAAGAUACUUGAGGUUUAUGAGGACUCAGAUCUUGUCAUUAGCCAAGUACUAGGAGAUUGGGAGACUCGCGAUCAGAAGUUGAUUCCGUACAAAUAA